AUGACGACAUCUGGAAAUUCAUCACAAUAUAUGGUAACAAAAAAUAUGAAAUUCGAGGCUAAAUUAGCUCGAUAUUUAAUAUCUGAUCCUGGUGAUCAAUUGCUCGGUUAUGAUGCAUGUAUUGAAAGACAAGGAAGUAGUAUAUCAUAUCGUUUAAUUGUUUUGGGUUUGGAAUCCAUUUAUCUAACGGAUAAUCCACCGAAAAUUGCUCAAUUAGAACAACCAUAUAUUUACUAUCGUGAUAUUCUUCGUGCUGAACUGAUUGAUGAUUUUCCAGACUUUUUAACUGGAAAUGAAAGAAUGAAUACACUACAUCUGCGUUUACGUGUAAUGAUGCCAUUAAAUAAAAAUAAAAAAAGUAAAAAGAAGAAACCUAAAUCAACAAGUGUCGAUGAUAUGGAAACAAUUCCAAGUUUAUUUGAUCGAACUACGUUAGAAAAUAUUAAUAAUUAUAUGGAACAUUUAACUCCAAGACGUUCAUCAUCAAAUCGUGAUCUUUAUCAAGCACCAUUAUCACAAAUGUAUGCAGCUAUUCCACUUCUUCUAUCUUCAACAGCAGCACCACCACCAACAACAACAGCAGAAGCAAAUGAAUCUGAUCCAUUACAUUUACCUCUUCAUCAACUUGAUGAUUCAUCAAUAACAACAAGUUUAAAUACAUCAUUAGAAUUUAAAGAACGUCUCGAUCAAUUAAAUAUCAGUGGUGAUCGUUCACAUUUUCAACGUUUAUUUUCUACACGUCGGACAUUAUCUGACGAGCAAAGAUCAACGUCACGAUCAAAAUCAGCUCGAUCAUUAUCGAAAAAAAAGGCUAAUAGUGAUUCUGAUUGGAUUCCAGAUACACCAAGACUUAAUCGAUACAUAUUACAAAAACAUGAAGAUGAUCUUUAUGGUAUUUUACAUACACCACGUAGUACUCCACGAGUAAAUCACGAUGAUGAAAUGUUAUUAUCAUCAACAGCUCGUUCGACCUUAACAGAUUUAUCUUUAACAAGUAAUACAAGUAUAAAUACGACUAAUAAUGACGAAUCAAGUGUAUAUUGUCCAUCAAUUGAAGAAGUGAGAAGUCUUCGAGAUGAUGUUGAUGAAGAUAUGAAAGAUAUCGAUAUAUAUUUUCUCAGUUUAAAUUCCAAAAUUCCAGAAAUAUUAAGUGCUGCAUUAAGUAAUUAUAUUAUUGUUUCAACAUUACGUUAUGAAGGUAACCCACAAACAUCAAGAUUAUCAACAAUCGAUCGUCUUCAAUAUUCAAUGGAUACUAUGAUGAUGAAAUUUUCUGAAUUAAAAGCGGAAAUUUUACAAUCGCAUAAUAAUACCGAUCAAUUAAUUCAAUUAACCGAUGAAUUAUAUAAUGCAUGUGACAAAUAUUCGAAAGUAAAAGAACUUUUUUGGAAGGAUACAGAUUUAUUUAUUUAUUAUGUUGCACAUUUUCAUUCUUGUUGUCAAAUAAUAUCGAAUAAUGAAUUUGAUAAUAGUACAAUGAAUUUUUCUUUUUCAAUUAUGCAAUUAUUAAAUCAAGUUUUUUUAAAUACAUUUGCAUCAAAUGAACGAUUAACACGUUUAACACAUGAUCAAUGUUCACGACUUCAACUUCUUACAAAUUGUCUUUUAAUGCCACCGAUAACUUUACUUACUACGCAAACAACAACAUCUGAUAAAACAAUAUCAAAUGAAAUAUUAAAAGACACAUAUAGAAUAGUAUUAAAAUGGAUAUUUGUAUCAUGUGCUUUAUUAUGGCAAAUUGGUGAUAUACUUAGUCGACCAUCAUGGACAUCGAAAAGUUUUCGUUUCCAACAUUUUAUUGAAUUAUUUGAAAAACAACAACAAAAAGAUGAUUAUUUUGAUUUGUUUGUUGAUUCAAUAUCAAAAUUAACAAUGAAUAAUGAAAAUAAAGAUCCAUUAAGUCCAAAACAUGCAUUAUAUGUAUACCAAAUAUUUUCUACACUAUCAAUGUUAUUAACUAAUUCAGCAAUACUCUCAGAAUAUCUUCGUGAUCGAUAUCUUGAAGAUUUUAAAUAUUUUUUAAAAGAAGACGUUACACUUUCACGAAUUCCUGUUCAAUAUCCAGUGUAUCGUUUUAUACCUGAUUUAAUUCGAAGUGUUCAUCAUCGUAUAUUAUAUGGUGACUCAAAUUUAAAUACAUCGACACAUAUAAAACAUCGUCAACUUAUUUAA